GUGGCGGAGUUGUGUGUAGGUGUGUGUGUGUGUGAAUGUGAGCGUGAGAAUUGUGUUUAGUUUGUUAGUAUUUUGGAGAAAACUCUCACGGCUAUCUGAUACGCGAUACGAGGCGCGACAGAGCAGAUGACUCUAAGGCUAAUGAGAUAAAGACAGUGACACUCAGUUUUUUAGCCUAUGCUGUAAAGUGAUGCCAAUAUUCAAGGGAAUACCGAAUGGCAUUGAAAGAUAAGGUAACCUCGUCUCAGCGUUUGCCUUGCCUUAUAUAAUGACAGCGUUUUGACUCAACUAGACACUGCCGGUUAAUGUAUGUCAGUGGCUCCAUUUGGUUUGUGUCUUGAGAAGAAGAUGCAGGCUGUGAAAGGUAGGAUAUAAAUGUGAAACGUAUUUCUCUUCUGAAAGGAAUUCCUUCUGAUUUUGUUCAGGAUAAAAUGUAUUCGCAUCAAAUCAUGACGAUGAAGCAACAGGUGUGCCCCAAAUAGUUUCAACCUUACAAAACAUCGAAAAUUACAUCAUUGGCAGUUGAAGACGUUUCUUUGAUGCAGAAAUCUCAGUCUAACCAAUAAGAGUCACUGCAUUGUCUACAAGACAAGUACCAACUACUACUUACUUAUCACUGUGAUACUCUAUCUUCUGAGUUCCAAUCUGUGCUGCAGAGUUUAGUCUACCAGUGAUGGACAGUAAUGGACAAAAGGAAAACGUUUUGCACAAUCCCGGAAAAUUAAAGCCGUUUAAGAUCGUACGGUUAGGAAACUGGAGAAGAAAUAGGAACUUCAAGAAGUACCGAAACAAAAGCCAUGGCAAGACCCAAGCGCGCAUACAUGUGGAUGGAGAGAAGACUAAAACCCCGGACACAGACUUCGGCACUUCAACGUCUACUAAUGGAGAGGCAGAAAAGUGUAACCGGGAAACAAAUGUUGACAUGUGGCUAAACUCACGGCCAUCUCUUCUUCCCAUUCAGGAAUCCGUCAACAUUCAUGUCACAAGAUCGAGUUCUACUGUCACUCCAGACACAGAGAAAAACUCUGCCAAAGAGUCUCUGCCACAGUCAGAAGUGAAGAUAAAGUAUAUAUCCCAGUCUGAUCCUACAGUGCAAUCCAUCGUUCAUAUCGAGUCGACAGUGUAUAAGAAGAAAUCAAACGAAGAAAAGAAACAAACUCCUCAGGAGUCCACAAUCAACUCCUACGCAUGUCACCUGUGCAAAUACACGAUAGAGAAACUGUUCAACUUCCAGCUACACCUGGCACAGCACACCGUGGACCCAGAAAGACUUAUUCCCGUCAACGCCAGACAAUGCCAGCUGAAAUGCGGAAUCUGCGGUUACUUCGGCACCAGCAAGGAAGACUUGGCGCUGCAUGUGGAGGAACAUGCCUUCCAGAAGCGAUUCCUCUGCGCCUACUGCAAAAAGGACUUUUCGAAGAGGAGGCAAAUUUUACGACAUGCGGCCAAAAGGCACAAAAGAGAGGAACUGUGCUUCUACGACAGACGAAUAUUAUACCAAAAGUUAAUGAAACUGCCAGAUUGGAUGGUCCGAAUGAAUCCAGAGGUUUUGUUAGACAGUGAGGAAGUCAGCAACUAUUUGGAGCAGCAAAAGCUAGAUUGACCAGAGAAACGGUUCUCAAACCUGGUGUCCGUCUACCAUUGGGACUCGAAAUUAGCUUGUCAACGUCAAGUUUUAAAGAAGAAAAUUCAUUUAAUGUGUACGCAUUAAGAGAGAGAGAGAGAGAGAGAGAGAGAGAGAGAAAGAGAGAUAUGCUGAAUUAGUAUGUUAGCUUAGAGAAUUUAUAUUAACAUCAGAAGUAGGCUAUAUAAAGUUGAAUAUACCUUAGAAGUAGAUAAGUAAAUUUCUGUAUAUAUUUAGAAGCAAACAAAAAUGCAAUAUUUUAACAGAUUGAUACAAAAUAUUUUAGCUGUUUGAAUGUUUGUUUUACGUGUGUAGGACAAAAAUGUAAUGCAAUUAUUAAUUUCAUACUUUAUAACUCAAGAAAAUAUAUUUUUCCAAGAAUGUGAACUUAAAAAGUAUUGUUUUUUUUUAAUUUAUCUCUGAUUCUGUUGAUGAUAUGGUUACAACGUAAUCCUGCAGACUCUUUUUAAAAGUGUUAUGCUGUUAAGAAUAUUUGUGAUUGGAAGCAAGUCAAUGCUAAUGUGAUUGUACUCAAAUAUCAAUUAGGGCGUUUCCACGUUGGUUUUCUCUUUUCCAAUGGAACUCAUCGUUUGACAUUGUCGCGCUGACCGCUGCUAACCAAAUGUGUGGGACCUGGCCGAGGCAGAGGUUAAGUUGUGUCUGCUUUGACGCCUGUUUUAAAUCAAUGGUCAUUUUGCUUUGUUUUGGGUCAGACCGAAACUUCAGGAAGCCGUUGGAAAGAUAUUUAUUGAAACAAAUAUUUGGGUUGCCGAGAGAAAUAUUACUGUUUCUUCUAGAACAGAGGUUCUCAAACUUUAUUGACCAGAGCUACCAUUUGCAUUGUCAAAUUUCGCCCAGGGACCCGUAGGCGAAAAAGUGAAAUAAGCUACAUAAUUGCCUAGUACCAGGUAUAUAAAUU